GCGUCCGAAAACCAGCAGCGCUCACCAUUCCUCCGUCUUCCACCCGAGUUGAGGAAUCGGAUCUACCAAUUCGUGUUGCAGGCUGAGUCUAUCUUGAUCUAUGCGCAUCGCAUCAGUACCUUUAGCACGUCAAUCGUCAUGCACUCGUGCUGCUCCUUCACUUCACCAAGGCAGAUUCAACACUGGAGGGAGGACGACCAGCUGACCUUCCUGCCAGUCGUGUGCCGUCAGGUUUACGCAGAGAUGCACGCUCUUCUAUACACUCUCAACAAUUUCAUCUUCGUAGACGGCACGGCAAUGCGGUCUUGGAUGUCUUGCCGUACGCUGAGGCAGCGCCAAUUGAUCCGCAGCCUCAAGCUCCCUCGUGCUGCAACCAACUAUUACCAGCACCCUCCCAAUACCCAGCUCGUUCGAAAGUUUCCGAAUCUCAAGGUCAUUUACAUGGACAUGUGG